UACCGGGGGUGCGGGGCCGUCGCCCCGGACGGUUCAGGCCGUUUCUAGAACCGCGGCGCCCGUUUCUAUUAAUACGUGUUUCGGCGGCGGCGGCGGCGGCGGCGAAGGGAUUCCCUGUGACGUCAUUGCUAGGAUACCAAACAAACACUCUGAGACAAGCCCAUAUAUGGCUAAUUGCGUCACAGGAACUCCGGAGGGGCGGAGCGAGGGAUCCCCCCCGUUCCCCGCCCGCCGCGGAGCCUCUUAACGGCGGCGACGGCUCCCGGGGCCGCAGAACGGCAGCGGUAACGGCGGCGACGGGGACUGCGGGGUCCGGGGGGUCCCGGGGGGCUCGGAGCAGCGGCGGCGGCGGGCGUGACGUCAGCGCAGGGGGCGGAGCGCCGCCGUAUAAAGCGGCGGCGCGGCGGUGAGCGGUUCAUUCAUAAAAAGCGGAGACCGGGGGAAGCGGCGGGAGCGUUUACCGGCACUUUGGCACCGGCGGAGCAGGGACGUUGAACGGAUGUACCGGGGCUUGUAGCGGCUGGAAACCGGAGCCUGGGAAAGGGAUUUACCGGAGCUUAUAGCGGCCAACCGGGACUUUGCACCGGACUGAACCGGAGCCUGGGGAACGGAUGUACCGGGGCUUAUAACGGCGUAACCGGGACUUUGUACCAGCGAAGCGGAGCCUGGGAACGGACGCACCGGGGUUUGUAGAGGCGCACCGGGGCUUUGUACCGGAGAACCGGAGCCUGGGAACGGAUGCACCGGGGUUUGGAGCGCUGCACCGGGGCUUUGUAGCGGCGAAUCGGAGCCUGGGACGGCUGCACGGGGACUCUGUACUGGCGAACCGGGGCUUGUAGAGGCGCACCGGAGCCUGGGAACGGAUGCACCGGAGCUUGUAGCAGCGCACCGGGACUUUGUAGCUGCCAACCGGAGCCUGGGACGCGUACACCGGGACUCGUAGCGGCGCACCGGCACUUUGCACCGGCAAACCGGAGCCUGGGACGAACGCACCGGCACUUCCCACCGGAGAGACACACGCACCGGCCCGCCCCCCCCCCCCGCCAACACCGUCACCCUAAACCGGCGGGAGGAGCAGAGAGAAGCGCCGGAGGGGGAGCGGGGCGGGGGGGGUUGUCCGUGCUCUCGGUUAACCCGGGAUGCCGGUAGCCUGACCCGCAGCCUUGGCGUGGCGGGGCGGCCCCCGCGCCCCCGGGGCCAUGUACCAAGGUUUCCCCGGUGAUUACGACUCGGGUUCCCGCUGCAGCUCCUCUCCCUCGGCCGAAUCCCAGUACCUUUCCUCGGUCGAUUCCUUCGGGAGCCCCGCGGCGGCGGCGGCGGCCGCGCAGGAGUGCAGCGGCCUGGGGGACAUGCCCGGCUCCUUCGUGCCCACGGUGACGGCCAUCACCACCAGCCAGGACCUGCAGUGGCUGGUGCAGCCCACCCUCAUCUCCUCGGUGGCCCAGUCGCAGCCCCCCGGGGGGGCACCCAUGGCGCACCCCCCGCACGCCGCCCCCGUCGAUCCCUACGACCUCCCGGGACCCAGUUACUCCACGCCGGGCAUGGGCGCCUUCGCCACCGCGCCGGCACCGCCGCCACCGCCGCGUCCCACCCGCGCACGACCCCGGCGUAGCCGCGAGGAGACGCUGACGCCGGAGGAGGAGGAGAAGCGCCGGGUGCGGCGGGAGAGGAACAAGUUGGCAGCGGCCAAGUGCCGUAACCGGCGCCGGGAGCUGACGGAUCGGCUGCAGGCGGAGACGGACCAGUUGGAGGAGGAGAAAGCCGAGCUGGAGUCGGAGAUCGCCGAGCUGCAGAAGGAGAAGGAACGUCUGGAGUUUGUCCUGGUGGCCCACGCCCCCGCCUGCAAGCUCCCCUUCGAGGACGUCGGCUCCUUGGGUGCCGGCCCCGCCGAGGUGAGCACCCUGGGCAAGGAAGAGUCGGCGGGGACCGUCACCUUCCUCCCCCCGGGUCCGUUCCAGCCGAGCGCCCAGGGCCCCUUCCCCAGCUGCUGCUUCGCGCCCGGGGUGUCCUCAGGGCCACCUAACCCAUCCUAUACGUCUUCGUUUGUGUUCACCCACCCAGAGGGAGCCACCUGCGGAGCCUCGCAUCAGCGGAGCAGCAGCAGCGACCAGUCCUCGGACUCCUUGAAUUCUCCCUCGCUCCUCGCGUUGUGAACGGGGCGGGUGGUGGGUCCCCACUCCCGUCACGCACGGGCACCUCCUCCCUCCCCAGGUGGUGGCUUUUUUGGGUGUUUUUUGGCUUUUUUCCCCCCCUCCCACCACCUUUUUUUUUUUUUUUUUUUGAUCAGUUGGCCCAAAGGUUGGGGUGUUGAGGUAGAAGGGCAGCUUGAGGCGCCUGGAUGUGGGGCGUCAGCGAUGUUGGAGGUGUCCGUGAUGUGUGUCCAUUGUUCCUGCGGCAUCCCAGAUGCUUUAGAGGUGUCUGUCCCCAAUCCCCAUCAUCUCAUGGGGGUUCACGCAGCAUCUCCAUCCUUUUGGAGAUGUUCCCGCCCAAUUUCCACCACCCUGGGAAAGUCCCUGUGGUGUCUCCAUCACCUUAGAGGUGUCUGUCCCCAAUCCCCAUCAUCUCACGGGGGUUCAUGCAACAUCUCCAUCCCUUUGGAGAUGUCCAUGCCUGAUUUCCACCACCCUGGGAAAGUCCCUGUGGUGUCUCCAUCACCUUAGAGGUGUCUGUCCCCAAUCCCCAUCAUCUCACGGGGGUUCACGCAGCAUCUCCAUCCCUCUGGAGAUGUUCCUGCCCAAUUUCCACCACCCAGGCAAGGUUCCUGUGGUGUCUCCACCACCUUAGAGGUGUCUGUCCCCAAUCCCUGUCAUCCCAUGGGGCUUUACACAGCAUCUCCAUUGCUUUGGAGAUGCUCCUGCUCAACCUCCGCCCACCUGGGAAGGUCCCUUUGUUGUCUCCACCACCUUAGAGGUGUCUGUGCCCAAUCCCCAUCAUCUCAUGGGGGUUCAUGCAGCAUCUCCAUCCCUUCGGAGAUGUCCAUGCCUGAUUUCCACCACCCUGGGAAUGUCCCUGUGGUGUCUCCAUCACCUAUAGAGGUGUCUGUCCCUGAUCCCCAUCGUCCCAUGGGGAUUCAUGCAGCAUCUCCUUCACUUCAGAGAUGUCCAUGCCUGAUCUCAAUCACCCUGGGAAGGUCCCUGUGGCAUCUAUGACACCUUAGAGGUGUCUGUGCCUGAUCUGUUGUCCUGGGAGGGGUCCCUGUGCCAUCUCCAUCACUCUGGAGAUGUCCAUGCUGUAUCUCCCUCACCCUGGGAAGGUCCCUGUGUCAUUUCUGUUAUGCUGGAGGUGUGUCUGUCAUCUCCAUCAUCCCCGGAAGGGGUGUCCACGCGGCAUCUCCUUCACCCUAGAGGUGUCUCCACCUCCCUUGGAGAGUCCCUGUGGCACCUUCAUGACCUUAGAGGUGUCUGUGCCACAUCUGCACCAUCCCGUGGGGGUCCUUGCAGCAUCUCCAUCACCCUGGAGGUGCCCCUGCCAAAUCUCCAUCCCCCUGGGGAGUGGGGUGUCCGUGCGCCGUGCCCACGCUCUGCGUCCCCAUCCCCUUUGGUGGGUCCAAGCCCCACUGCUGAUGCUGGGCCUCCAGGUGACCGCUCCAGCACCCACGACGUUGGGUGGGCUCCCGUCCCGCUCGUUCCCCCACCCAACUGUGAACUGCUCUGCCCCGUCCACCCUCCCUGCACGGGUCCCGCCGGUGGCUCCGGCGUCCCCAACCCCGCGCCGUCCCUCUCUCGUGACCAAGCUUCGCCAGCGUUGACUCUGUCCUCUCUCUAUAUAUUAUAUAUAUAUAUAUUUUUGUUGUGCGGGGCCACCAACCCCCAGGAGAUGUUUAAUUUUUUAUUAUUAUUAAUUAUUAUUAUUGCCUGUGCUGUAUUUGUGACUGUUCCGGGGUCGGCUUGGCCCCUGUGUCCGCGCUCGACCCAUCCCAACGUGGCCAAUAAAGCAGCUUCGG